CUGACCUUGCCAAACACAGAGAAAUAUGUGUUCCUUGUGUCAGUGUUUACAAUCUAAGAUUUGCAUGCUUUCUUUCUUUCUAAACUCAGAUUGUUGAGCAGUCCUGUAUACAGUCACACUGUUUCUUGUUGGUCACUUUCUGUUCUUUACAUUUUUAUUUUUCAGAGGAACUGUAGGAUGUUGUGACUUAAUUAUGAUAUCUUUUAAUAUUGUUCCCAUUGCACCUUAUUCUGUAAAGGCCUUAUCUCUUAGCCCUGGUCUACACUACGAGGUUAGGUCAAAUUUAGCUGCAUUAGGUCGAUUUUAUAAGCCUUGCAGGUACACAACCAACCCCGUUCCAUCAACCUAAAGGGCUCUUAACAUUGACUAAUGUACUCCUCCCUGAUGAUGGGUGUAGCACUAAAAUCGACCUUCUUGGGUCAAAUUUGGGGUAGUGCAGACACAGCAUUGUGCAAUUUGAUGGUAUUGGCCUCCGGGGACUAUCCCAGGUGCUCCAAUGUGACUGCUCUAGACAGCAUUUUCAACUCUGAUGCACUAGCCAGGUGCACAGGAAAAUCCCCGGGAACUUUUGAAUUUCAUUUCCUGUUUGGUCAGCGUGGCGAGCUCAGCAGCACAGAUGACCAUGUAGUCACAGAAUCUCAAACGAGCUCCAGCAUGGAGUGAACAGGAGACACUGGAUCUGAUUGCUCUACGGGGAGAAGAAUCUGUGCAGGCAGAACUCUGAUCAAAAAGAAGAAAUGUUAAUAUAUAUGCCAAAAUCGCACAGGGCAUGGUGGAGAGAGGCUACAACAGGGACACACAGCAGUGCCGCAUGAAAGUUAAGGAGCUCAGGCAAGCCUACCAAAAGACAAAGGAGGCAAAUGGUCACUCCAGGUCAGAGCCCCAGACAUGCUGCUUCUAUGACCAGCUGCAUGCCAUUCUGGGGGGGGGGAGACCCUACCAGUACCCCACCACUGUCUGUGGACACCUGCAAGGGGGGGGAGUCUCACGCAACACGGAGGAGGAUUUUGUGGAUGAGGAAGUGGAGGAGGAGGAGAAUGUGCAGCAGGCAAGCAGUGAAUCCAUUCUCCCUGGCAGCCAGGACCUUUUCAUCACCCUUGAGCCAAUACCCUCCCAAGGUGAGAUGCCCAACCCUGAAGCUGGAGAAGGCACCUCUGAUGUAAAUAUUUCUAUGCUCCUUGUGUCAACUCCAUCCCUAAGGUUAUCGCAGAUUAGAAGGCGAAAAAACCGCACUCACAAUGACAUGUUUUCUGAGCUCAUGCCGUCUUCCUGCACUGAUAGGGCACAGCCGAAUGCAUGGAGGCAUUUGGUGGCAGAGGCCAGGAAAACCUUCAGUGAGCAUGAUCAGAACAUGCAGGAGGAGAUGCUGAGGCUAAUGGGGGAGCAAAUGGACAUGAUCAGGCGUCUGGUGGAACUGCAGGAAAGGUAACAAGAGCACAGACUGCCACUGCAUCCAUUGUAUAACUGCCUGCCCUCCUCCCCAAGUUCCAUAUCCUCCUCACCCAGAUGCCCAAGAAUGCAGGGAAGAGGCUCUGGGCACCCAGCCACUCCACUCCAGAGGAUGGCCCAAGCAACAGAAGGCUGUCAUUCAAACAGCUUUGAUUUGUAGUGUGGCUACAAUAAGCAAUGUGGCCUUGUCCUUCCCUCCUCCCCCACCUGACCUGGGCUAACUUGUCAGU